CCUCUCAUAAAUCUCCCGCUGUCACAUUUCUCCGGUACCUGAGCCAUUUCCCAACUCGCACUAGUCUGAUUCGCCUCACCUCACUCCAGUCCGACCCAGUCCGACCCAGUUCGACCAAGCCUGGCCCUUGAAGCGAAAUUCGACCCCGAGAAGAGGACAAAAGAGGACAACAAGGUCAACCCACAUUGCCGUUCCUCGGCCUGAUCUAAUUUCAUUUCUUUUCGUGAUUGGCAUCCCAAUACCCACCACGUCAUGGCUUCCAACGAUUAUUACCACGGCAGCAAACCGCCAUCAGGAGCAACUCCCUCGCCUGCUCCCUACUACGCCGGCGCAUAUAACAACAACAACAGCAUCCCUUCCACCAGCUCCACCCCUGCGCCUCCCUACAGCUCAAUACCGAACGCGCCCAGUGCCAGCCAACCGCCACCGCGCCAAAACACCGUAUCCCCCUUCGAAACCGUCUUCGACGAUCACGUUUACCCAGUAGACUCGACACAGGACGGGUUCCGGCACAACAGCCACAGCCAGAGCCCCCAGGGUUUGAGUAAUAUGAAUACCGCCUACACUGGCCACGGCCAAACGCCGUACAGCACGUACGAUAUUGAUCAGUCAAAACCUUACGCGCAGCAGGACACUGGUUACUUCGGCCACUCUUCCAUUUCUCCCGAUCCCAGCAGACCGAAUGUGGCCGACGAUAUUCCUCUGCAGAGCCGGCAGCCGACGCAGCCGCACAAGGACGUUGAAAUGAACGACACCGAUCACGUCUACGACGCACCGCAGGGAUCUCGACGCUCCAAGAGCCAGCGCGACAAGAAGAAGGUCGGCUUUGGUCAACUUGGUAUGUUUGGUGCCGACAGGAAGGGUAUCCCGUGGGUGGUUUAUGUCUUCACCCUGGUUCAGACUGCAGUCUUCAUCGGUGAGAUCGUCAAGAAUGCUCAACUGACGGGCUCGCCGAUCAUGACGAAGCCCUCUUUCAACCCCAUGAUCGGACCCUCGACGUACGUGAUGAUCAACAUGGGCGCUCGAUACGUUGCCUGCAUGCACAAUGUCAAGGGCAUCCAAGAUCUUGGCCAGCCCAUUACCUGGCCUUGCCCGAACUCGACGUCGAACGAUGCCAGCAACCCUUCGAAUCAGUGCACCUUGGGCGAAUUGUGCGGUUUUGGUGGCGUGCCCGAGCCUACCUACACCAACAUCAACCAGUCGCCGGAGCCCAACCAGUGGUUCCGCUUCAUCACGCCUAUCUUCUUGCACGCAGGUCUUAUCCACAUUGGGUUCAACUUGCUUCUGCAGAUGACGAUAGGGAAAGAGAUGGAGGUAGCCAUCGGCUCGAUUCGGUUCUUCUUGGUAUAUAUGAGCGCCGGUAUCUUUGGCAACGUCAUGGGAGCGAACUAUGCCGGCGUCAUGGCCGCAUCGACGGGUGCAUCAGGCGCGCUCUUUGGUAUCAUCGCCCUUAUGCUUCUCGACCUCUUGUACUCGUGGAAAGAUCGGCGCAGCCCUGUUAAGGAUCUGAUGUUCAUAAUGUUGGACGUCGUCAUAUCCUUUGUGUUGGGACUUCUGCCGGGUCUGGACAACUUUGCCCAUAUUGGUGGUUUCUUGAUGGGUCUAGCGCUUGGCGUCUGCGUUCUGCAUUCUCCCAACUCACUAAGACGGAGAAUGGGAGCCGAAGACCCGUCCUACGCAUCAAUGCAGCUCAAUCCUAAUCAAGGCCCGCCCCCUUUCUUGAAGAACCCAGUUGGGUUCUUCAAAGGCCGGAAGCCACUUUGGUGGGCUUGGUGGCUGGUCAGAGCAGGCUUUUUGCUGACCAUCAUCAUCGUCUUCAUUGUCUUGCUCAACAACUUCUACAUCUACCACAACACUUGCAGCUGGUGCAAGUACCUCAGUUGUCUUGUAAGUAUCACCGGAUCAAUUCUCAGCGGCAGUCUGCUAACCCAAGAAUAGCCUGUCAACAAUUGGUGCGAGCUUGACAACUUCAAAAUCACGAAAUCUUGAAGGGUCGAUGUCAUUAGAAAAUCGACCGCCCUUAUGAUGCAUCGGGUCACAUUUUUGACAAGGGGGUUUCAUGGUUUGCAUUGCUCAGCGACGGCGUCUGGUUCAAGAUGGGUAUUUUAUGA